CGGUACCGGUAGUGAAAGACUUCAUCGUGACAUACACGCCAGAGUCACAUUAAUCUAUACGCUUCUAUGUAGAUUUGUGUAUUUUUACCAAUUUAUGAUGCUGCCUGCAGCGGCAGUCUUUCACUUUCCCUGGGAGAUAAGCUCUGGAGCCGUGCAGGAAGGGGACUCGGUGAGGACAUUUGGCAGACUUGUCAGUUAUGAACCAGAGGAGUCGAGGGCUACGCUGUCAGCUCAACAUGCUUCUAAAGAACAUCAUGUGGUCAUUCACACUAUGUUCGUGGAGCCCUUUGAUGCAAUAAUUGGAGCCCAGUACAUCAUCCUGGGAGAGAUAGAAAACACUGAGAGUGUUGGUUCUGUGGUCCGUGCCCGUGUGCUGAACUGUGUUGAUGGUGUAAACAUUGCACUUCUGCAGAAAGCCAUUAACGAACAAAGGAGUUUCUUUGAGGAGAGAAAGUGUAAACAGAAUGAGGCAGCAAAUAAAACUUGAUCUUAAGUGAACUUUAACACUGUUUAUGUAAAUCCAAUAAACAAACAUUAUGGCAAUUAUUUACCUCUAGCCAACAGUUUUCUACCCUUAUCAGUCUUUGAGUUACUUUUUGGCCAUUAAAGCAGCCAUGAUUAUAUUUUAGAUAUCGAUUAAUAUGAUGUUUUGUAUGUUUUUUAGACAUAUCUUUUUCUUAUUAAGACAGUUUGUAUUUUUUAUGUUUUGCAAAUGAACCUUAUUGAUGUUACUGUAAACUGCCGUCAGUCAAACAUAACAAAGAUACGAUUUAAUCUCUGCCCAUUUCAUAGAUCUGUCAUGUAUAGAAAAAGCAUAUACUGUGAAUAAAAACCAACCUGUUUUUACAUUCUAUGAAUAUUUAUAUGUGUAAAUAAAUAUAAAUGUUAAAUAUGCCUUCUGUUCACUUUUCAGCAAUGAAAUAUAAUUCAGUACUUGUGCACUAUACCUC